GUUUUGCUCAAUUUCAACUGGGCGUGCUUUGAAGGAAAACUAGUGUUAUUGGAAAAAAAAAAAAAACACAAAUGGAAUAAUAAUGAUAUCACUGUCAAGCACUUUAGCAUUGAAACACAAAGCUAUGUAGUAUUUAACUAUUUAUAGCUAAGAGGUGAAGCUACCUUGAAAGAGUUUAAGCUAACAAAGAAACAAAGGAGAAUUGAAUUGAAGUUUCUAUUUAAGCAGUGAAAAAUGGCAAAAACUCCUUGUUGUGAGAGAAUGGGUUUGAAGAAGGGACCCUGGACUGCUGAAGAAGAUCAGAUAUUGACAUCUUUCAUUCAUAGAUAUGGCCAUGGAAACUGGCGUGCACUUCCUAAACAAGCUGGUUUGUUAAGGUGUGGCAAGAGUUGUAGGCUUCGUUGGAUAAAUUACCUGAGGCCAGAUAUUAAAAGAGGGAAAUUCAGCAAGGAAGAGGAAGAGGCCAUUCUCAAACUACAUGCAGUUCUUGGAAAUAGGUGGUCUGCGAUUGCAGCAAGAUUACCGGGUCGUACAGAUAAUGAAAUAAAGAACUUUUGGCACACUCAUUUGAAGAAAAGGAUUGAGAAAAGUGAAGUGCACAAUAAUGGCAUCAAUAGUAGUAAAUAUUCCUCGUGUUCCUCACAAAUCAUCACCAUGCCAAGAGUAGUACCAGCAAUUGCACCAAGUAGUGGUAGUGGUAGUGCUGCUUCUAGCUUCAAUGAUGGUUUAUCCUCAACCUCAAGGAAUAGAUCAAGUUCAUCACCAAAUAUUAUUGCAGGACCAGGAUUUUGCAGUGCAACAACAUCCUCUUCUGAUGAUACUUCAGGUGAAACCAUGGGAAAUCAUAACGAUGGUUCCAUUCAGCUCAGUGAAGAGAUGGAAUUUUGGUACAAUAUAUUCAUCAAAUCAGGACAGCUAUCUUAAAGGGCACGUGGAUUUAAUGUAGGAUAGAUUACUACAUGAUAUGUUUGUGUCUUAUUCCUAAAUUUUUCUUAGAUGAUAAACUUGGUUUAAGCCGUCUUUGUGUACAAAAUUUAUAUCCACUUUGCUAAUGCAAAUUGGCAGAGGCAAAAUAAAUAUGAAUGGAUGAAAAGAAAGGAAUUUGUAACAACUUUUGCCUUGUCUAAAUACUUACUAACUGUGGUGAUUAUUUAGCCAAAGUUACAGCGACCAUGAUGCAUCCUCAUUCAGAUUGCUUGCUAAUUCCAUUCAGAAAUUCGGCGAGAUAUAUGAGAAGAUUGAGAACAGUAGAAGGCAGCAGACGGUGGAACUGGAAAAGAUGAGGAUGGAGUUCCAUAAAGAUAUUGAAACACAAGAGGCAGAUCUUAGAGAGAGUUCAGAGUGAAAUUUUAAAACUCACAUCAGAUAGAUGAUGAUGAGGAGGAGAAUGAUGACUAGUAUAAGGGUGGCAUUUGAUGUUUUGUAACAUUGUUAUGUGACAUACUCUGCUACAUUAACAUUAUAUUUGAAACAUUUUUUCCCUUC